AUGAAUGAGGCUAGUGACUUUGUUCCUAAGAUGAGUAUUCAGAGAUCGAUAUCGAGUGAAGGAGGAGGGAUGCAAGCUAGAGUAAUCGAUGUUGAUGCAAGGGCUCAGGCGAACGCCGGUGAGGUAGGGGGACUGGUUGGCAUUGGUGAGGUAGGGACCCAAGCAAGUGUCGAGAGCGACGCGGGGACUCGACCAAGCGUCAAAGACAAGACGAGAAACCAGGAGGGUGCCAGAGGCGAG